UGUGCCACGUCCUGACGCAGGCGCAGUGCCGCCGCUGAGGGGGAAGCGCCGAGCGGAGCCGCGGACCGGGGAGCGCAGCCUGCGGGGCGGCCGCCGAGAUGAACUUCCUCCGGGGCGUCAUGGGCGCGCCCAGCGCCGGGCCUCAGCCCUCCGGAGCGGAGACGAUUCAGAAACUAUGUGACAGAGUAGCGUCCUCAACCUUACUUGAAGAUCGCAGGGAUGCUGUACGUGCACUAAAGUCGCUUUCAAAGAAAUACCGCUUGGAGGUUGGGAUUCAAGCUAUGGACCAUCUUCUCCGGGUACUCCAGACAGAUCGUUCAGAUUCUGAAAUAAUUGGGUAUGCUUUGGAUACUCUCUACAAUAUCAUCUCCAAUGAUCUGGAAGAGGAAGAGCAAGAUGAAAAUUCACAGAAGCAAACAGAAGACCUUGGAAGUCAAUUUACAGAAAUUUUCAUUAAGCAGCAAGAAAAUGUCACUCUUCUGCUGACUUAUUUAGAAGAGUUUGAUUUCCACGUCCGGUGGCCUGGAGUGAAGCUUCUCACAGUGCUGCUGAAGCAGCAGGGUCCCCAAGUGCAGCAGAUCAUACUGGUCAGCCCUAUGGGUGUCUCAAGGCUGAUGGACCUGCUAGCAGAUUCUAGAGAGGUGAUACGGAACGACGGUGUCUUGUUACUCCAACAGCUGACAAAAAGCAACGCAGCCAUCCAGAAAAUAGUUGCUUUUGAAAAUGCGUUUGAGAGACUGUUGGAUAUCAUAACAGAUGAAGGAAACAGUGAUGGAGGCAUAGUUGUGGAGGAUUGCCUUCUUCUAUUACAAAACCUGUUGAAGAACAACAACUCGAAUCAAAAUUUCUUCAAGGAAGGUUCCUAUAUUCAGCGGAUGAAGCCGUGGUUUGAAGUUGGGGACGACAACGCUGGGUGGUCAGCACAGAAAGUGACUAACCUGCACCUGAUGCUUCAGCUGGUCCGGGUGCUGGUGUCCCCCACAAACCCUCCCGGUGCUACCAGCAGUUGCCAGAAAGCCAUGUUUCUUUGUGGGUUGCUUCAGCAGCUUUGUACCAUCUUGAUGGCCACUGGUGUUCCUGCUGAUAUUCUUACUGAGACCAUUAACACUGUGUCAGAGGUCAUUCGCGGGUGCCAAAUGAACCAGGACUAUUUCGCUUCAGUAAAUGCACCAUCAAAUCCACCAAGGCCUGCAAUUGUUGUGCUGCUGAUGUCCAUGGUCAACGAGAGGCAGCCUUUCGUGCUGCGCUGCGCCGUGCUGUACUGUUUCCAGUGCUUCCUGUACAAGAACCAGAAGGGGCAAGGAGAAAUCGUGUCUACGCUUCUACCUUCCACCAUUGAUGCUACUGGGAAUUCAGUCUCGGCUGGCCAGCUGCUGUGCGGGGGUCUCUUCUCCACGGACUCCCUUUCGAACUGGUGCGCAGCUGUAGCGCUGGCCCAUGCUCUGCAAGAAAACGCCCCCCUGAAAGAGCAGCUGCUCCGGGUGCAGCUGGCCACCAGUCUCGGGAACCCGCCCGUGUCCUUGCUGCAGCAGUGCACCAACAUCUUGUCUCAGGGUGAUAAAAUCGACAGACGGGGAAGCAAAGUGCAAACAAGAGUUGGAUUAUUAAUACUGCUUUGUACCUGGCUAAGCAACUGUCCCAUUGCAGUUACACACUUUCUGCACAAUUCUGCCAAUGUUCCAUUUCUAACAGGACAGAUCGCGGAAAACUUGGGUGUAGAGGAGCAUGUCGUCCAGGGGCUGUGUGCACUUUUACUAGGAAUUUCCAUUUAUUACAAUGACAACUCACUUGAGGAUUAUAGGAAAGAGAAACUAAAGCAACUGAUAGAAAAAAGGAUUGGCAAGGAAAACUUCACUGAGAAGCUGGGAUUCAUUAGCAAACACGAGCUCUACUCCCGAGCAGCUCAGAAACCUCAGCCCAGCUUUUCGAACCCAGACUACGUGAUGUUUGAUCACGAGUUCACCAAGCUGGUAAAAGAACUAGAAGGAAUUAUAACAAAGGCAAUUUACAAAACUACUGAAGAAGAUAAAAAGGAAGAAGAGGUGAAGAAGACAUUAGAACAACAUGAUAACAUAGUGACACAUUAUAAAAGCGUCAUUCGGGUCCAGGAUCAGGAACUUGAAGAAUUGAAGAAACAGGUAGAAUCUUUAAAAGUGCAAAAUGAACAACUACAGACAACAACCACACAGCAAGUGUCACAAAUCCAGCAACACAAGGACCAGUACAAUCUGCUAAAAGUGCAACUAGGAAAAGACAAUCACCAUCAUAGUUCCUGCAACGAUGUGGUGCAGAUGAACGGUGUUCAGCCCGAAGAAGUAAGCAGAUUGCGUGAGGAGGCAGAAGAACUGAAGCACAGGCUUGAACUUCUGGAGGAACAGCUGAGAGAAAAGGAUUCUUUGAUUGAAACUUUGAAGUGUUCACCACUAGCAAUGGAAACAGCUGAUCGGUCUUCACAGACUCACCGUGGUCUCGAGGUGGAUAGUGAACUGCACAGGGAAGUUGAAACCUUGAGAACCCAAAUCCAGUUGCAGACUACUGAUAUUGCCAGACUUCAGAUGGAAAAACAAGAUCUUCUUCAGCAAAUGAGUGCAGCCCCAGUCCCUGUGUCAGGAGACGGUGGUACAAUGACCGCCGGCUUGGAGGGAAGGCUCUCGGCACUCUUGCAGGAAACAAAAGAAUUAAAGAAUGAAAUUGCCAGUCUCACUGAGGAAAGGACAUCCUUGAAACAACAGCUGGACUCUUCCAAUAGCACCGUGGCUAUUUUGCGAACUGACAAAAGUACAUUGCAGCAGGAAGUGGCAGAAUCUAAAAAAGAACAGGAUGACCUUCUGGUUCUUCUGGCUGACCAGGAUCAGAAAAUAGUUGCACUAAAGAAUAAGCUCAAGGAACUUGGAGAACCGGUUGAAGAUGAGGAUGAUAUCGAAUCAGGUGACCAAGGCGAGGAAGAUGAAGAGGAUGGGAAAGAAGAGGCGGAAGAUUGAUUGGGUUUUAAUGUGUCAAGGAAGGAGAUCUCGUAUUGCAUUGGAUUAAUAUACAUUGAUGGCCUUGAGCUGUAGAAUACCUAGUUAAGGAAAUGGGUAUGAGCAGAAGAGUCACUAAAUCUACUCCUGAGUUUGUGAUGUGAUCGCUGAGAGAUUCUGAUGAUUUAUAGCCAAGACUGAAGACCCCCGUUUAAGUGUUUUUGGAGGCUGUGAACGCAUGAAAGGUGACCGUGUGGUGGACUUUGCGUGUGGCCAUCCACAUAAGUUACGUGUGUUUGCCUGUCACUCCAUUUGUUUGGAACUCCGAGGGGAUGAAAUGUGCCGUGUUUGUGGUGUCACGUCUGUCGAAUGGAGUCUUUGCUUCCUGCCUUUGGCGUGGAAAGGUCUUGCGGCACCUUCCUGGCUGCCUCCUCUGCCGGACGAGACAGGCCGGGAGGACGUCGUUCCCUGCGGAUUUCCUGCUCAGCUGGUUUCAGCGUUGAGUGCCUUGACACCUGACAUGACUGCAUUCUCUGUACCUGAGGAGUUUAAAAAGAAGCUGAAAUGCUCUGUUUAUGUGGAAAGGUUUCCGUAGUGAUGAAGCAGUACUUGGUAGCAUUUUAAAGCAUUUUUUUUUUAAAGAAAACUCAUGAGAAAGUUAACGUGCUGCCAGGUACUUGCUUUCAAAAACAAACCUUUGUUCUAAAGAUGACAUGUGUUGAUUAUAAUUUAUUGGCUUUCAUGCCUAAUGGAUCAGAUUUUUAAAAGAAAAAUUAAAUACAGUUGCUGCAUCAAAUUGCUGUUUUGGUAAUAAAAAUAGAUGCUAUAACCA